AUGUCAUCUGUCAAAGCUCGGCUGUCCGGCUUAUUGGGCCAUUUUGCGGUUCCGGAACCUGUUUCCCCACCAGCGAGGUUCGAGCAUCGCUUCAACCAUCACACGCUCUCUCCAACGUUUUUCUUGCCUCGAGCGGCCGCAAUUGAGCCCGACGCUGAAGCCAUCUACCAUAUUACUGCUAACAACCAGGUGUUGCGGAGGACGUACAUUGAAACUGCCGACCGCGCGAGGGGGCUGGCAUACUAUCUCAAGAAGCAUGGUUUUAAGCGAGUUGGCAUCUUGUGUCCCAAUACCCCUGCGUUCCUGGAAUCUAUCUAUGGGAUCGCCGCAGCUGGAGCGAUUAACAUCGCUGUCAAUUACCGUCUCAAGGAAGACGACAUCGCUUACAUUUUCAACCACUCGGAUGCCGAGGUGAUCAUCGUCGACCAGGAGUAUGUGCCGCUGCUUCAGGCAUAUAGAGCGGCACAUCCCAACACCCCAAUCAUCAUUGAUACCGACACCGACGCGACAGAGGGACAGUUAUCAGGCCCCUUCGAUGAGGCUGUCCUACAGGGCCUCAAGUACGACAUCGAAACCGGCUCCAAUGGCUGGGAUGGGCUGGAAAGUCAGGCGGGCUCGGAGGACGACAUCAUUGCUCUUGCUUACACCAGCGGUACGACGGCGCGCCCGAAAGGCGUCGAGUAUACCCACCGGGGCUGCUACCUCGCUACUUUGGGUAAUGUCAUCGAGUCUGGUUUGAAUACACAGUUUGGUCGGUGCCGCUAUCUGUGGACCUUGCCCAUGUUCCAUGCAAUGGGCUGGACAUUCCCUUGGGCCGUAACGGCCGUCCGCGGCACCCAUUAUUGCUUGCGAAAGAUCAACUACCCAGAAAUCUGGCAAUUACUGAAGCAGGAGCACAUCACGCAUUUCAAUGCCGCCCCGACCGUCAACACCUUGCUUUGCGCUGCCGAUGAGGCCGAGCGGCUUCCCAAUCCCGUUCAGGUUACGGUGGCGGCCAGCCCGCCUACCCCCCAUCUCUUCGAGCAAAUGACCAGCCUCAACCUGCACCCGGUGCAUGUGUACGGAAUGACGGAGACGUACGGGCCCAUUACCAAGGGCUACUAUAUGCCGCAGUGGGAUCAGCUACCGGCCGAACAGAAAUAUAAGAACAUGGCGCGACAAGGGCAUGGAUUCUUGACGAGUCUGCCCGUGCGGAUCAUCAAAACCGACGUACCGGAAGGGACCGUCGUUGACGUGGAACGGAACGGUAAGGAGAUUGGCGAGAUCGUCUUUGUGGGCAACAUCUGCUCGCCGGGAUACUAUAAAGACCCGGAGGCCACGCGAAAGCUCUUUGCGGGAGGUGUUUUGCACUCUGGGGAUCUGGCGGUCUGGCAUCCGGACGGAGCGAUUCAGAUUCUCGACCGCGCAAAGGAUAUCAUUAUUAGCGGCGGCGAGAACAUCUCAUCGGUUGCCCUCGAGUCGAUGCUCGUUACCCACCCCGAUAUCCUCGAGGCUGGCGUUGUAGCGGUGCCAGAUACCCAUUGGGGUGAACGGCCCAAGGCCUAUGUGACUGUGAAGCAUGGGAAGCAGCUGGAGGGACAGGAUGUUAUUGCUUGGGCCAAGGGGCACCGGGCGAUCAGCAAGUUCAUGGUGCCGCGGGAGGUCGAGGUGGUGCCAGAGCUUCCCAAGACAAGCACGGGGAAGCUGAGGAAGAAUGUUCUCCGGGAAUGGGCCAAGGGAGCGAGUCACCCAUAG